AAUAGGCUGGUUUCUCUGUCCAGCAGCAUCGGCGUGCCUUUUGAUUUAGACACACAAUCCACAUCAUGAGCUAUCAAGCAAUGCCAAGAUACUUAUGGCUACUUUUCUUUGUCUUUCCCAGCACCACAACAGAAAACCUGGAAACUCCAUCUUUUCAGCCUGGAACCCUGUAUCAGUACCGCUAUUCACUGGAUGCUCAGUUCAGUUAUCUCUCCAGAUCGUCAUGGCAAAGAAGUAAGGUCCAAUAUGAAGCCUUAGUUCACAUCCAGGCCUUAUGGAGAAAUGUCAGUGAUGCAAGGGAGCACCUUCUUCAAGUCAAGAUACAUAGCCUACAAGUCCAUCACAAGCCAGAACAUAGGAAGAAUCAGCCGAAGAAUAGCGGUUCCUCCACAGAGUUUUCUCCAAACAUCACUGAACUGCAACAGCCCUUUUUCCUUCACUGGUAUAAUGGAAAGGUUGAAGACUUUUAUGAAGACAAAGAAUCAAGCCCUCUAACUUUGGAGCUGAAGCGAGGCCUUGCCAGCCUUCUCCAGUUUCAGACACAUCCUGGAAAAAAGACUGAGGAGGACAUUUCUGGGAGUUGUCAGGUAACCUAUACUGUCUCCAAGGAUUCCAUUCUGAAGACAAAAGACCUUCAUAGCUGCAGAAGACCAAAAUUUGGAUUCAGCUCUGUGAACAAAAUUUUUGGACUCCUGUGGCAACCCACAAGCAAAAGUCUUUACUCCAUGGAAGGAAAUCUUCUCAAAUCUGCAAUGACUGAUGAAAAUCAUGUGAUCUCACUAAGCCUGAAAUCUUCCAUUGGAGUGAACAUCACCUCCAGGCAAUAUCUUGAGCUUGUGACUCAAGAGCCUGGAUCAAAAGAAUUACCUGAGAAGAGUCUUCAGGAAGCACUGACUGACAUAUUGGAAAAACCUCAGCCCACUGAUAUAGCGAGUGAGCCUUCCAAGAGGAUCUGCACACAAUGCCCAAGACUGAGGAACUACUUGAAAUCACUUGGUAAAAAGAAAAUACAUGUCUCUAAGGCAUCAACCAUUUGGAAAUUUCACAGAGUUAUCCAAAUGUUACGUGAUGCAAACAAGAGAGACAUUGUUGUACUGCUGAAGAGAGCACCAGAGAAUAUGGUUCCCUUCUAUAUAGAGGCUGCAGUGGCUGCACAGUCACCAGCUUCCUUGAUGGCACUGUCUGAAUUUCUGGAUUUUGGGAGUAAGAAGCAAACAGCCUUGCUGGAGAAGUUCCUCUAUGCAGCAGCUUUAUCCCCUCGGCCUUCCAGGGAGCUGUUCAGUUUGGUGCUAGAUAAGAUGAAUGGGAAGAAGCUAACCCCAGGCAUCUGGGAAACAGGAAACCUUGUCAUUGGCACCUUGGCUGGCAAGCUGUGUCGGAUGAAACUUUGUGGACUGCAGGAAGUAGAUAUUGGAAUGGAGACUAUCCUGCAAAGUCUCGAACGCACCAGAGACAAUGCUGAGAGGGUGUCUUAUUUGUUGGCCCUAAAAAAUGCUCUGCUACCAGAAACCAUCCCCACCCUCUUGGAUUAUGCAGAGGAAGGCUCAGCAGCAGUCUCAGCUGCAGCUCUCUCUGCUCUACAGAGGUUUCCUACACAGCAUAUUACCAGCCAGGUCAAAAUGUCAAUGAAUCAAAUUUUCCACCAAAUCUGGAAACUCUAUCCAAAAGUUUCAAGAUUGAUUGCUGCGGAAAUCCUAUUAGACAAUGAGCCCUCACCAAUGGACUUUAUCAAUAUCCUGUUGGCUACCAGAGAACUAAAACCAGAAAUGUCAAGAAUACUGCUGUCGAAAAUCCAAACCAUUCUACACUCCCACCAACAUCCUACAAGGCAGACGAUCAAAAGUGUUUUGAAAGAUCCACGGAUAAAUAAUUACUACAUCCUCUCAUCCCAGAUUGGCACCUCUGACUCCUUUUCAGGACCAUGGGCAGUCACCAGAGACAUAUUCUCUACCUACAGUCAGGAGGCCCUGUUCACAGAGAAUGGUUUCCUGAAGAAAGCCAUCAACAGUUUCGAUAUGUUAAGCCACAGCCAUCGACUUCAAAUUGUUCAGAUGGCUACUGAAGCAGCAGGGUUUGAGAACAUGUUGGGUGGUGGUGCUGAUGAUGAUGAAGAGCAAGAAAUCACGGCUGGCAUGUCGCCUGUUUUGCUUGAUGUCCAGUUACGACCUGUGACUUUCUUCCAAGGGUACACAGAUCUAAUGGCCAAGUUCCUACUGAGUAGCGGUGAGCCCACCACUAUAGUCAAAGAAAAUAUACUAUUGAUGGAUCAUCAACAGGCAAUCCCACUUCAGUCCGGUUUGCAAACUGUAAUUACUGUUCAGGGAGAACUUGGACUAGACAUUUCAGCCAACAUCAAUGUAAAUCUGUGGGAGCAGGAGUUUCAAGUAAGCACUAAAACAAGGGCUGCAGUGCUCAUGGAUUUCCAAGCAGAAGUGGAUGCCCCGUUCUUUCAAGCCACUGUCCAAAGCCAGUCAGAAGUAGAAACAGGCAUAAAUUAUAACAGUUUCUUGCAUCUUCCUCGGAAUUUCUUAUGUGUAAAGAUGGCAGAGGAACAUGGCUCUUGCAGAGAAAUCUUCUCGGUGUUUGAAUCCUCGGCAAACCAAACCACAACUGUCCACAAAGGAAGGAAGGACACCAUCCCUGGGCGGACACUACCCUUCCACAGAGCCAAUUCUGAGAUGUGCAAAAUCCUGCUUCCAAGCAUGGAAUAAUGGACAUGGCAUCCAUUAGCAACGACAGAAGUAUGGAGACAGUGUCCAUAAGGCAUUGGCUCAGACUUGUGAUUCCUCUUUUCUGUUCCACACGUAAGUGAAGAUAGUCUUGAAGACAGUCCAAGGUCCAGCUUUCCUAAAGAGUGCCAUCUUUUUUUAAAAAAAUCUGGUAAUGCUAAA